AUACCACAAAAACUCAGCAGCCAGCAAGCAAACGCAAGCAAAUACAUGCUUACGACUGGCAAGUUGAAGUUUUUUGAUUUCUGAGUUCUUUCGCCAAAACUUUCGCCCUUCGUUCACAUUUUUUUUCUUUCGUUUUUUGGUUCGUUCGUUCGGAGUCCUCUCGAAUUAGCAGCAAACGGAAUGAAACUUUUACUUUCCAUUGAGAGACUGUGCAGGCAGCUUCCAAUGAUCCUGUUCCUGCUCUUUGCCCUGGCCUUGAUGCCAGCCAAAGCCAGUCCGGAUGAAGCAAAACAGUCCGUUGCAUCCGUAUCCGUAGCGCAUUCGAGUUACUGCCAGCGAUUUGACGAAGAAAUCAAAGUCUCGAGGCCACUAUGUGAGCAGGAUACCAUAAUUCCGCUCAUGGUGAAGCGCUGCUACUUCAGCUGCACGUCAGCCAAUCGUCUGAGCGUCACUAGAUGCAGGUCCCAACUGGCAGGAAGUAUUAUAUACCCCAGGUGCGACGAUAUCUUCUGUCAAGCCACCGGAUCAGAUUCCAAACGGAAUAUCAACGACGAAGAGUAACUUUGUUACGAGUAUCGGGCUAAGCGUACUAUAUAAUCUUAGCUGUGUUUUAAUAUUGUAUUAUAUAUUACUAGGUGAUGGGACACAAAUAAAAUAAUCUACAAGCUGCAA